AUGGAGGAUGUGGAUUUCCGCUCAGAAAACUCAGGGGCUUCUACUACAUAUCCCAUGCAGUGUUCUGCACUGAGGAAGGAUGGAUAUGUCAUCAUUAAAGAUCGUCCCUGCAAGAUCGUUGAGAUGAAUACCUCCAUGUCUGGCAAGCAUGGGCACGCCAAGGUUCACCUUGUUGGACUUGACAUCUUUACUGGGGAGACACAUGAAGAUAUCGUCCCAUCUACCCAUAACAUGGAUGUCCCUAGUAUAUCUUGGAAGGACUUCGAGGUUAACGGUAUCAAGGAUGGUUACUUGACCUUUCUUGAUGAUAAUUUCGAUACCAAAGAGGGUCCUAAAAUGCCGGAGGGUGAGCUGGGCGAAGAAAUCACCGAGAGAGCAAAGCGGGAAAAUUCAUUCCUGGUCACUCUGUUAGAAGCUAUGGGUGAACAGCAGGUCAUCGGCCAUAGGAGCAUGAAUUAAGUAAAGUACAAAGCUGGAGACCUCACAGUCUUGUCCUCCGUUAUGGUUUUCAUGCCUCACCAAAGCUGUUGGCCUUAACCCCUCCACCAGUUUAUCUGGUACUACUCACAACUGUGUGCUUUUCCUGUGUAGGCUAAAUAAACGUACUGGCUACAAGACA